AUGCAAAACUGCUCUACCACAGACGAAACCGUCUCCGUCAAAGACAGCCCUUGGGUUGUCUGGCAGCACCCUGUAUCUGCUAUCGCACUUCUUACCGUUAUUCUCUCUAUAAUUAUUCUUGCAGCAGCAUUUGUUUCAAAUGCGUGUCUGCCGGUGUACUCUUUCGGCUUGGAGACGUUGAAAUUCUAUCCCCACCGACAAAAGAAGAGAGACCGACCGCGAAGCUCCGAUGUCACGCAGCACCGACAGCUUGAGAACCAAUAUGCUCUGCCAGAAGUUUAG